CAGCCGCUGGAGCCGCCGCGAGGAGCCGGGYGGGAGGAUGAGCGCCGCCAGCCCGCAGGAUGAUGAGGAUGCCUUUAAAAUACUCGUUGCAACUGAUAUCCAUCUUGGGUAUUUGGAGAAAGACCCAGUACGUGGAAAUGAUACCUUUGUAACUUUUAAUGAGAUCUUGGAGCAAGCUCAGAAAAAUGAAGUGGACUUUGUUUUAUUAGGUGGGGACCUUUUUCAUGAAAACAAACCUUCCAGAAGAACAGUGCACUCUUGUCUGGAGUCGCUGAGGAAGUACUGCAUGGGUGAUCGCCCUGUUCACUUUGAAAUUUUGAGUGAUCAGGCCGUUAAUUUUCAUUUUAGCAAGUUUCCGUGGGUGAACUAUCAGGAUGGAAAUCUCAACAUUUCUAUUCCGAUUUUUAGUAUUCAUGGCAAUCAUGAUGAUCCCACAGGGGUAGAUGCACUGUGUGCAUUGGAUAUUUUAAGCUGCGCAGGACUGCUGAAUCACUUUGGACGUUCAUCUUCUGUAGAGAAAAUAGAUAUUAGUCCCAUUUUAUUGCGUAAAGGCAGAACGAAAAUUGCCCUCUACGGCCUGGGAGCCAUUCCAGAUGAGAGGUUGUAUCGUAUGUUUGUCAACAAACAAGUAACCAUGCUGAGACCAAAGGAAGAUGAGGAUAGUUGGUUUAACUUGUUUGUGAUUCACCAAAACAGGAGCAAACAUGGAGCCACCAACUACAUUCCAGAACAAUUUUUAGAUGACUUUCUUAAUCUUGUUAUAUGGGGUCAUGAGCACGAGUGUAAAAUAGCUCCCACCCAAAAUGAACAGCAGCGUUUCUAUGUUUCUCAGCCUGGCAGUUCUGUGGUGACAUCUCUGUCCCCUGGAGAAGCUGUGAAAAAACACAUUGGUUUGUUGCAUGUUAAGGGGAAGAAUAUGAAAAUGGAGAAGAUUCCUCUUGAGACAGUGCGAAGUUUCCACAUGGAAGAUGUUGUUCUAGCCGAUUUUCCGGAUCUUUUUAAUCCAGACAAUCCUAAAGUAACUCAGGCAAUACAGGCAUUCUGCAUGGAGAAGGUUGAGAUGAUGCUGGAUAAUGCAGAAAGGGCUCGCCUGGGAAAUCCACGGCAGCCAGAGAAGCCUCUCAUAAGAUUACGAGUUGAUUAUACAGGAGGCUUUGAACCAUUCAGUGUCCAUCGUUUUAGCCAGAAGUACGUGGAUAGGAUAGCUAACCCAAAAGACAUCAUACACUUCUUCAGGCAUCGUGAGCAAAAAGAGAAGAACGAGAGUGACCUUAAUUUUGGAAAACUGGUUAGGAGACCUGCUUCCGAGGGGAUGACACUGAGGGUGGAGGACCUUGUAAAGCAGUACUUUCAGACAGCAGAGAAGAAAGUACAGCUUUCGCUUCUGACUGAAAGAGGAAUGGGAGAAGCAGUGCAGGAGUUUGUGGACAAAGAAGAAAAAGAUGCCAUAGAAGAACUGGUCAAAUUUCAGCUAGAAAAAACACAGAGGUUUCUUAAGGAGCGGCGCACCGAUGCAGAAGAGGAAAAGAUAGAUGAGGAGGUGCGAAAAUUUAGGGAGAGUAGAAGAAAGAAUGCUGAAGAGGAGGAUGAGGAAGUGCGUGAGGCAAUAACCAGAGCUAGAGCACACAGGUCUGAGGAUGCAAUUCUUGCCUCUGCCUCAAGUGAUGAAGAGCCCAUGGAUAUGGGGAUUAAAACCCCUGGAGAUUCAGAUGAUGGGCUCCCUUCAACAGCGAGCCGAGGAAGGGGUCGGGGAAGAGGGAGGGCGAGAGGAGCAAGAGGACAAACUUCAGCAGCAAGAGGAUCAUCUCAAAGGAGAAGAGGAAACACUAGCCAAGAAUCAGCUACUAGCAGCAGAACAUACAAGCCUGUGUCUGUGCCUGCUAAGAACAUGACCAUCGUGGAUGCCUUUAGGUCUGUGAAACCACAGCCCUCCUGGAAUUCAUCUAAAUCCUACUCGGAGGACAUUAUAGAUCUUGACUCUGAUGAAGAAGCAGCUUCAAUUGCGCCUUUUUCCAAAGCAAAUCAAAGGUUGUCAACUCCAUCUUCAUUUAGUAAAAGGAGUUCACAGAGCCAAAUAUCUAGAGGAGUUGACUUUGACUCAGAUGAGGAUGAAUUUGACCCGUUCAAGAGCCCUGCAACGUCAAGAAGAACUAAAUGAUUUCAGGCUCACUGUAUAAGAGAGGCCACUAUGGAAAAUGGAGAACAGUAUGCAGAGCAUCCUUUGUAACAGAUGGUUUGCAUUAAAUCUUCACUUCUAUGAAAUGUUUUAUUUUAGUGGUACUGAAUUCAGAAUGGUCAGUGUGUCACAUUACUUGAUGCAGAGCAGAUCUAAUAUUUUACACACUUUUCAAAGUACUACUGCCUGAAACUGCUAAUUGCCCAAAAUUUUACAAGCCCAUUUUCUUUCUAAGAUAGCAAUGUAAAUAACAGACUUAGCUUUCCUUAAAACUUUCAUUCUUUUGGGGCUUGAAUUUUUCAGAGUAGAUUUAGGGUAGUAUGCAGGUAUGGAAGUGGACGUGGAUUUGGCCAGAGCAGUGAACUCGGCAUUUAUUUGCAGUUUUGAUACAGUUACAGUUAAAGCCAUAAGGAGUAGUAGUUUGACCCAAAGAUACAGCUCUCAGUAUUAACCCUGCAAAGUGCUGUAAUGCUCUCAGCGUACUGGGAAGAACAAAGCUGCAACUGCAUUGUUAAACAUGACAGGAUACAGGAAGGACUUCUGCUCUCUAAAUACAGAAGAGCCAAAGACUUCAGGUCAGAUUGCAUUAUCAGCUUCUUACCUUUUAAAUAAGAUGUAGGGCCUAGACCCCUASAGCUGUGUGAGGAACACGGUUUACAGAAUAAAGGAAUUGUGCCAGUAAAGGCAAGACGCUGCCUCUUGCUUUUUUCUUAACUGAUAUUUUAGUAACUCUCCCGAAAUGUCUUUGUUGUUUUUCAAAAUAUUCCUCCAAAUGAGGCAUUUAAAACAGAAUAUAGUGAGGUUGAGGAAAACUCCUUCUGUGGAAGGAGCCGAUGCCUGGGCCUGUUCCUUCUUUGCCUUCUCCAUCAUUAGACAUCUCUUAGUGGCCUCCUUUCCCCAAAAAGCCCACAGGGGUGUUGAGCUGUUCUAACUUCAGCUUUCCUAGCAAGAAAGGGGCCAGAAGGAUUUAAUAGCAAAGCCCUCAGCACGCUGAGUAGCAGCAGCCUUGCUUUUCCACUGAUUUUUUUCCCUUCUCCCUCCAAGAUGCAGGGUUGGCAGUCAUGUUGCCGUGGCUCUUGUCACACGUGGCUGUUAAUCACAUACAUCCUGCAGAAGAGACCUUAAAUGAGCCUUGAACUUCCCGAGGGCUUCCAUAAGAGCGAUCAAGAUAUUUGAAUUCUAGCGUGCAGCUUAGUAGCAGUUUACAGAGCAGUGUGCUCUCACUGAAGGUAUCAGGGCAUAGUUCGGUAGUGUGGCUCUUCAUUAAGAGCUGUUAAAGCUAGUAUGAUAUUACCUAUGCAAUAGAUGGGCUGCUGUAAAAUCC